GGGGCGGGGCUCAGGACCCGAUGGUCAGGAAGUGCCCGAGAGUGUGUGUUACUCCUUGCCCUGACACUUUGUUGAUUUCUAGGAGCUUUGACUGCACUGCCUGGCAGGAAGAGGACAUAUCUUAGUCACCUGUCCUUCAGGUGUGGCCCUAGGGGGCUGCCGGGUCUCCCCGCCUCCUUCGGUGCCGUGGGGUCCUCAAAGAAGCCACCAUGAGCAAGUUGGGCAAGUUUUUCAAAGGGGGAAACUCCUCCAAGGGCAAGGCCGCUCCCAGCCCCCAGGAGGCCUUGGCCCGGCUCCGGGAGACGGAGGAGAUGCUGGGCAAGAAACAAGAGUACUUGGAAAGCAGGAUCCAGAGGGAGCUCGCUCUGGCCAAGAAGCACGGGACGCACAAUAAAAGAGCGGCAUUACAGGCACUAAAGAGAAAGAAGAGGUUCGAGAAACAGUUAACUCAGAUUGAUGGCACACUUUCAACCAUUGAGUUCCAGAGAGAAGCCCUGGAAAAUUCCCAUACCAACACAGAAGUAUUAAGGAACAUGGGCUUUGCUGCAAAAGCCAUGAAAGCAGUUCAUGAAAAUAUGGACAUUAACAAAAUAGAUGAUCUGAUGCAAGAGAUUACAGAGCAGCAAGACAUCGCCCAGGAAAUCUCGGAAGCAUUUUCUCAGCGAGUUGGAUUUAGUGACGAUUUUGAUGAGGAUGAGUUGAUGGCAGAACUUGAAGAAUUGGAGCAGGAGGAAUUAAAUAAGAAGAUGAGAAAUAUCAGACUUCCAAAUGUACCCUCUACCUCGCUGCCAGCCCACCCUAGUAGGCUGCCAAGUGUACCAUCCACCUCACAUCGAUCCCGAGCAGCAUCUUCCAGGAGGAAAGAAGAUGAAGAUGACAUAAAACACCUGGCAGCUUGGGCUUCUUAAGACCAAACUACAAUUAUAAGCCUAAAACUACAGGACAUGUAUAAAAUGUUUUGAAUAGAGUUCAUUAAUAUAAAAAAAACUUGCUGAGGCCCCAUUUGGGAAAAAAAAAUUAGGUAGAUUACUUUUCGUUGUUUUAGUCCAUACUUGAUUAUAAUUCUCUUUGUGAAUCUCUGACAUGCAAAAAUCCGCAUACUUCAAUCGAGGAGUAGAAAUGUCAUAAGUCAUUUAACAGUUUGCAAGUGGCUUAAGAGUAAUGUGAUCAGGACUGUUUAGGUAAAUUAUUACAUUUCCCACUAUUCUGUUUGUGUAUGUGCAUGAGCAUAUGUGUGUGACUCCUGUCAACACACACAUAUGUGUGUAUUUGAGGUGCCUAUUAAAAGUGGUCUGGAGCAUGGUAAUCAUUAAAAGCAUUAGUGUGUACAUCCUAGAUAUAAUUCCAAUAUAGUAUAUAUAUAGUAUAUAUUAUAGUACACACACUAAUUAUGCUUGAUUUUUUCAGUUAAGAAAUUUAAAAGCUUCUUUAAAUUGACUUUUAAUAUGUCAUUUAGGUUUGAAAUUAGCAACAGAUACAUUUGCAGUGGCUGAGAUCAUUAAUAGUGAAUACUACUGGGCCAAGUUCUCAUGAGUGUGGUUUAGGUACCUGGGAAGCUGCAUUAACACUUGUAGUCCAUUUGUGCACCAUUAAAGUUUCAGUGUACUCAGUUUAGUGAUGCUCAUUCUUUCCUAUUUAGUUCAUGCUUGUAAAUUUACUUCAGGUUUAUAGACUAAUCCUUGUAAAUAUGUGAAGGGUAAAAUCUAUAGAAAUAAAAAUGACUUUUGAAAAGAA